AUGAGCGAGGGCAGCGUGCCCCUGCGCCGGUCGACGCGGGAAAUGAAGAAGCAUGCGUCGCCACGUACCCGAAAGACGCCGGAAAAACGGCCCACGAAAGAGACUGACGAAGCGUCUCCGACGAAGCGCCAGAAAGUGAGCACGGGGACGCAGCCGGCGGAGACUCCCGCGCCGCAGGAGAAAUCCAAAAGCCAGCCACCAUACCUGCCGUUGUUGAUCCGUCAGCAGUCUCUGCAUGCCUUGAGCCUUGCCGUCUUGUGCAAAAUGUCCCCACACGAGCGUGCACGACGCCUGCUCCAUGUGGGCUCCACACCCGAGUCGCUGCCGUGUCGGCAGGAACAGUUUGCCGCGGUCGUGAGCUGUGCCGCCGAAGCGCUGCGCACAGGGGCGGGUGGCUGUGCGUAUGUGUGUGGGGUGCCUGGCACAGGGAAAACAGCGACGGUGCGUGAGUCCGUGCGGGCGCUGCAGAGCCAGCAGGAGCGGGGCGAGCUGCCUGCGUUUUCGUUCGUGGAGAUCAAUGGCAUGAAGUUGGCCUCGCCCAUGCAGGCCUAUACGGAGCUAUGGUGCGCGAUGAGUGGGAACGGGCAACGUCUGAGUCCGCGCGCGGCCCUAAGCAAGCUCUCGUCAUUCUUUAGCUUGGGCCUGAAUAAGAAGAGGAUGCCGACAGUGGUGUUGAUGGACGAGCUGGAUCUCUUUGUGACCUCGCGCCAAGACGUGAUCUACAACAUGUUCCACUGGCCAGACCUGCCAGAAAGUAACUUGGUCGUCAUUGCCGUGGCCAAUACCAUGGAUCUGCCAGAGCGUACGCUGCAGCCCAAGGUGGCGAGCCGGCUCGGUAUGACCCGUAUACCCUUUAUGCCCUACACGGACCGCCAGCUGCUGGACAUUGUGUGCGCGCGCCUCGGGAUCGACGAGCAUGGGACCCGUUGCAGCACGGCGGUGGCGACAGCCGGCUGCGAAUCCGUCUUCAAGGUGGACGCACUGGUGUUUGCCUCGAAGCGUGUCGCCAAUGUCUCGGGCGACGCGCGCCGCAUGCUCGAUGUAUGCCGGCGCGCUGUGGAAGGAGCCGAGGAGCGCGCUUUGGCACAGCAUUCGGAGCCUGUACCGAUCACCAUCCAUGAUAUCCGCGACGUGAUGGAUCGCAUGGCGCGCUCUGGCCGGGCCGCCCAUAUUGGAGCACUCUCACGGCACGCGAAGCUCCUCUUGGCCAGCAUGUUUGCAUGUAUUCGCCGCACAGGCGUUGCGGAAGUCGUAUGGAAGGAUGUGCUCAUGCACCAUGCGGCCCUCUGCCGGACGCACUCGGUGGCCCGGCUAGGAAUGGCCGAGAGCGACUACAACGAGUACGAGCUGCUGCGGCCUCUGUCGACGCUGUGCCAGCUGGGUCUCGUUGUGGCCGUUGGCGCCGGGGCAGGCAGUGCACGAGGCGGCUCCUAUGCACGCUAUCUGUUGGCGGUGCAGGAGGACGAAGUGCAUGCUGCGCUGGGACAAGGUGAGUCGGAAUGGCAGUCGCUCUUUAUGCCGCGCUGA